GAAGACGGCGGCCGCCACAACUGGCCCUCGUGUGUGGAGGAUAAACGGCCGACCCAGCCAUCGCGGCGGCCGGUCAAAGGAAAGAGGUAGCGAAGAUCAGGAGUUCAGUUUCAGCGAAGACAGGGAAAGAACCCUUGAAAAUGAUGACCGUCGCUGCAGCGUCUCUACGGGAAGCGUAAGUGAGGACGUUAUCUUUUCCAUCAGUAACUCCAGAAGGGUCAGUGAAGACCUGGGCCACCGCCGCGCUGGUUCUCCGGAGACAGUUAGGAGAGAAGGUGGCCACGGUCACAGCAGCUCUUGGGAGAGAGUGAGAGGAGACCGCGGAUUUGGCAGCAGCGACGUCCGUUUCCGUGAAGUGGGCGGCCACCAGUCUAGUGACUCUGGAGGAACCGUCAGAGAAGACUGCGGCCUCCAUCUCAGUGGUACCUGGGAGGGGGUCAGGGAAGUCCGCGGCCCCGGAACCAGCGACCCGGGGGAGAGGGGCAGUGAAGACCGCAGCCGCCGCCUCAGUGGCUCUUGGGGAGGAGGGAGUGUCGAUGGCGGCCCCAGCUUUAGUAGUUCCUGGGAGGCAGUAAGUGAAGACCGCGGCUACGCGGCCAGCGACUCCUCCCGGGUGAGCGGCAGCCAAGACUCCUGCCGCCGCCUCGGUGGUUUCUGGGAGAAGGAAAGUGAAGACGGAGGGGUCCGCUGCAGGGGCUCCUGGGAGAGAGCAAGGGAGGACGGCGGCCCUGGUCCUAGCGAAGACGAAGGCGGCCGCUGCAGUGGCUCAUGGGUGACAGCCAGUGAAGACCGUCGCGGCAGCAGGGGCCUGGACUCUUCUCCUCCCUGGAGUCCGUGGGAUCGCACCAUGCCUGGGGUGCCCGGGUCAGGCCCUUCCACCUCCUCUGCGGAGAACACAACCCCGUUAGGUGCCAGGAGGAAAGUGCAUUUUGGUAGCAUACAUGAUGCAGUACGAGCUGGAGAUGUAAAGCAGCUUUCAGAAAUAGUAGAACAUGGAACCAACAUUAAUGAAGUUGACAUCAUCCAUAAAUUUACCCCUUUACAUUGGGCAGCACAUUCUGGAAGUUUGGAGUGUCUUCAUUGGCUCCUCUGGCAUGGAGCCGAUAUUACACUAGCAACUACGAGAGGCUGGACAGCAGCUCACAUAGCUGCAAUCAGGGGUCAGGAUGCAUGUAUGCAGGCUCUUAUAAUCAAUGGAGCAAAUCUGGCUGCUCAGGAUGAUCGUGGUUGCACUCCUGUACACCUUGCUUCUACACAUGGACAUUCUUUCACUUUACAAGUAAUGCUCCGCAGUGGAGUGGAUCCCAGCAUAACUGAUGUUAGAGAAUGGAAACCUGUACAUUAUGCAGCUUUUCAUGGACGGCUUGGCUGUUUGCAACUUCUGGUUAAAUGGGGAUGUGGCAUAGAAGAUGUGGACUACAAUGGAAACCUUCCAGUUCACUUAGCAGCCAUGGAAGGACACCUUCACUGUUUUAAGUUUCUACUCAGUAGAAUGAGCAGUGCAACACAAGCUUUAAAAGCAUUCAAUGAUAAUGGAGAAAAUGUACUGGAUCUGGCCCAGAGGUUCUAUAAGCAGAACAUUUUACAGUUUAUCCAAGGGGAUGAGUAUGAAGGAAAUGAUCCAAAAGACCAGGAAACUUUAGCAUUUCCAGGUCAUAUGGCUGCCUUUAAGGGUGAUUUGGAAAUGCUUAAAAAAUUAAUAGAAGAUGGAGUAAUCAAUAUUAAUGAACGUGAUAAUAAUGGAUCAACUCCUAUGCAUAAAGCUGCUGGACAAGGCCACAUAGAGUGUUUGCAGUGGAUAAUUAAAAUGGGAGCAGACAGAAAUAUUACCAACAAAGCAGGGGAGAAACCCAGUGAUGUGGCUAAGAGGUUUGCCCAUUUAGCAGCAGUAAAGCUGUUAGAGGGGCUACAGAAAUAUGAUGUAGAUGAUGAGGAUAAAAUUGAUGAAAAUGACACGAAAUUUUUUAUAAGACAUGGUGUUGAGGGAAGCACUGAUGCCAAAGAUGAUUUAUGUCUUAAUGAGUCGGAUAAAACAGAUGCCAGAAUGAGAGCCUAUAAGAAAAUUGUAGAACUGAGACAUCUCCUGGAAAUUGCUGAGAGCAACUAUAAACACUUGGGAGGGAUAACAGAAGAGGAUCUAAAGCAGAAGAAAGAACAACUGGAGUCUGAAAAGACUAUCCAAGAGCUGCAGGGCCAGCUGGAGUAUGAACGACUACGCAGAGAACAAUUAGAAUGUCAGCUGGAUGAGUGUCGAGCAGAGGUGGAUCAACUUAGGGAGACCCUGGAAAAUACUCAGGUCCCCAACUUUAUCGCAGUGGAAAAUGCCUCUUCUUGUGAGUCAAGCAAAGAGAAGAGGCGAAUGAAGAAAAAAGUGUCUUCCGGGGGCGUUUUUGUGAGAAGGUACUAAUCAGUGAAAUAACUAAAUAAACUUGCUUGAUUUUUCUCUUUUACUUUAAAA